AUGGUGAACCUCCUUGCCCCGAGCAUCCUCCUGAGCCUCCUGGUCCCCGUGCACAGCCUCAGGUCACCCGACUGCGGGGGCAUCCUCACCCCAUCAGGACUGAGCUACCUUGCUGAAGUUUCAAAGCCACACACGGAGGCAGUCCUCAGGCAGAACCUAAUGGCCCCCACAGUCCCAGACCUGUUUCUCAGCUCCCCAAAGCCCAGCAGGAAUCAAAUUAACUCUGUCGAAGUCUCCAAGCUGUCUCUGUCACUCAUCCCUGACACCGGACUGCAGCUGAGCAUCGAUGUGGACCUUGGCAUCACACCUGCCCCCUCAACCACCAAGGUGAUCAGACUGUCCAUCCUGGUGGAACUCCACACAGAAAUGAACCCCGAAGGGUACCUGGAGGUGGUCACCCCUUCCUGCAAAUCCACUGCGGAGGAGGUGCAGAGCACUGAGGAGACGGAAAGCAAGUCCUCUAGCUCAGACAUGGACAAGGAGAUUAACGUCAAUAAGAUUUGCCUGGAAGUCUCCAAAUUGCUGCUUUUGCCAAAUGAACAGCUGGUGUCUUUGACAGCUCAGUUCCCCAUCACGCCAAGCUGCCAGGUCCAGUACCUGCCCCUGGCUGCCCCCGUGUUCUCCGAGCAGGGAAUCACCAUAUCCUUGCAAACAACUUUCCAGGUGGCAGGGAUGGCGAUCCCCUUGCCAGUCAGCCCUGUGCCGUUCAGCAUGCCUGAGCCGGCGAGCUCCAGCUCUUCCCACCUCACCCUGGCUUUCUCUGAGCACUUCUACACCAGCCUCUUCUUCGCCCUGGAAAUCGCUGGAUCCUUCAACAUGACCAUCCCGAGCCCACUGACCACUGCCACCAUGGCACAGAAGAUCACUCAGGUGGGCUCCCUCUUCCAGGAGGACGUACCGGUGGUGCUGCAGGCUGUGUUCAGGAGCUCACCUCAGGUGGUGCUGGAGGAAGGCAAGGCAGCCCUGAAGCUCUUCCUCACCAUCCAUGUUGGGGCGGGAUUGCCAGCUUUCCAGAGUUUCCUGAGUGUGAACGUGGAUAUGUCUGCAGGACUCCUCCUUAGCGUCGUCGACACCAGGAUGAUGAUCUCUGCAGCAGCGAUAGAGGAUACUGUGCUCAGCCUGGCUGCCUCCAACGUGGGUCCCAUUCCGGUUGCCUUGCUGGAGGAGCUAUUUCUGCCCACAAUCCGUGAGGAGGUACCGGCUCAGAUGAAUGUGGUCCUGAGUGAAGGCAUAUUCCUGCCCCACAUCUCCAGCUUUACCUACACUGACGUUAAUGUUAUUAUUCACAAGGACUAUGUCUUGGUCCCCUGCAACCUCAAGCUACAGAUGAAGAUUGGAAAGUAG